AUGCCGCAGCCCUCGGCGGCAAGGAAUGCGUGCCACUGCGUAGUCGACCUUGGAUCGAAUGCAGCGUUGGUGCUGGACUUCGGUGCCUGGGAUCGCGAAUGGCGUGGCAUUGACAGCGGUGCAUGGUGUGGCGGCAGACCGGCUGCUCUUCAAAUAGAGGACAUGCUUCGGCACGGCGGCCUGAAGUCGAAGCGGAAUGCCCAGAAAAGCCUUUUCCACCAGCAGGCUCUACGUUUCCUGUCUGAGGACAAGGCUGAGGGCCACGAUGAAGGCCAGGGGGUGGACGAAGAUAAGACAACCGUGAAACGGCUGGUCUCGUCUGAUAGUGGCGGCCCCACUGCCGCCCAAUGCUUGACGGCACUGGAAGUUCUACUUGCUGGAGGAAUGUUUUACAACAUCAUGGAGGCUGCGGCUGAGGCCGCCUUCAACGUGGACCGCCGUCGCCUGCAGCAACCCGUUCGGGCAGUGGCCUUGGCUGAGGAUGCAAGAGGCGGCUUCGAGCUUUUGAAGGUGCGGUACGUCAUGGCCGACUGGUCCGUUCAUUGCCGCAUGCUAGACCUGGCCAUUGCUGAGAAGGCCGCACUGGAGAAAGCCAGAUCGCUGCCUGACACCCUGGCCAGCUUCUUGCCGGAGGAAGCCCUCCGGAAUGCUUUCAAAGACAAGAUCCGCAUCUUUAUGGCCGACGGGGAAUUUAGCGAGCCUCUGGCGGCACGGCUGAGUAAAGUCCAGGGAACCCUGCCGGGAUUGAAGGCGAUUAUGAGAUGCUCCGUCCAUAGUGGACAAAGGUCGCUCGAAAAGGCCUUGUCGUCUGACCCGGAUGUGCAGGGUCUUCUCCAGAGCUGGGUGCUUGGAUUUUCCGAUGGCAGUGGGACAAAUUCAGGAGGAUUUUGCAGGGCUGUGCGAAACUCGCUGAAGCUCCAGCGGCUGACGGCAGAGAAGCAGCUUGAGGGUGUGGACGAAAGCCUGAGGCGAUUGUGCCACUUCGGCUUUGCACCCCAACGUUUCAACACCGUCUGCGAUGCUUGCGUCAACGUGGCUGAGAACAUAGAUGCGGCCUUUGCUAAGCUUCUUCAACAAUGCUUUCAGCCGGAGAAGCUCCUCCAACUUGGCUUGAUCGCGGAGCUUGCCUGUGCCGCUGCGAAAUUCAACCACUCACUGGACGGCCAACAUCUGCGAUUGGCUGCGACAGCCCACAAUCUUCAGCAGCUCGAGCGUCUGAUCAAUCGACUCUUCGACUUUCGGAGUCCGGCAGGAGAGCUGCAGCAGCCGCUGGUUCUGGAUGAUGCCUAUGCACAUGGCUACGUACAAAGACUGCAGGCGACUCUAAAGCUUGAGCAGAACAAGUGCCUGGUUGUAAAGCAAAAGAUGAUCUUCUGGCACAGCGGCGCCAACAGGAACAAGAUACGUUCCUUCGUGGCCAAAGAACUCGGUGCCAUUCGCAACAUCGCUCAGCUUUUUGUUCAAGGCCUGAAAGCCGAUGUGGAGGUUGGCGUCCAGGCAUCGCUUUCUCCGUUUGAUGUCAACCAUACCCUGUGCAGCGACGAAGCUUUGCCAGAGCCUGACAUCUUCAAGCCGCUAGCAGAGGCUGCACAGGUGGAGGUGACACAGCUGGCCAAAGAGUUCCUCUUGGCACGUCCUACAGCCUUGCUGGUGAAGUCACAGCCUCCCGGCGACAAGUCUUUUCUUCGUGCCAGGUCAUUAAUGAAGGUCCGCCUCGACGGGCCGACAGCCGACCAACUCGUCUGUCGCGAGCCCCACAGCAUCCUCCCGAGAAAGCCGUGCCUGAAACUGCUGCAAGAAUACCGUCGCCUGUUUGCUCCGAGCGGCGGCUCGCAAGGAUGCCGCAGCUCACUGGGUCGUCGGGUUCUGAACGGCCGCCUGAACCCGCUUUCAAGAGCUGGCUUGAAGCGACAGCGAGGGCUGGAGCAGCAGCAACUCUUGCAACAGGCGCCGGCGGAGUCUCAGCCUGAAGACCUCGCUACUUUGGAGGCUGAAGCCGGCGAAUCAGCCAAACGUCGCAGGACUGACAAGCAAGUUAGCCUGACUGCCGCCAUGCAAAAGUACAAGACCAAGAAGGAGGAAUGGGCGACACUUGAUGCUUCGUCCGAAGCAGCCGCUGCUGGCCGCCUGAUAGAAAAAGAGCGGGAGGCUGAAAAACGCUUCGAGAAGCUGAAGAAGAUCGGCGUGGCCAGACUUUCAGCCGUGCGGUCUGAUGUCCUUGCGGCCGACCGCGACCGUUUGAUCAUGGUGGUGCAUGGCCAUGACUCCAGCAAGACACCGGGCCUGCCUGAUCUUGAACGACUGGGCAAUGCUCGUGCUUGGCCUGAGUCGAUCGAAGACCAAAGAAAUUUGGUUUACGAUCUGCUUCGUCAUACAUCUGAGGACUGCGGCAGUCAUCGACUCCUCUACUGGGUCUGCUUGUCUGACGAGGUCGAGCGUGACUUCAUCUUCAAGCCGUCUGAGAGUGCUUGCUCGGCUGUUGCUCGCCACUUGGGAGGCGGUUUUUGCGGUCGACAAUGGGUGCAGGCAUGCAUGGAUGAGGGCCGUCUCUUGCCAGCCUUGACAUGCCUGAAAAGCAGCUUGACGACGACACAGGAGCUGUGCUUGCAUAGCUCCUGUAUGUCUGACGACUCUGCUUUGCCCGCCACUCGGAUGCUGGGUGCUGUUCUCGAUGCCGCGGAGAGGGCUGACAUUACAAUUUCAUGGACACGUCGCAAGAGAUGGCGAGAUGUUACCUGCAAGAAGUGUUCUGUCAUAGUCGACGGUGAGACGGCUGAGAAGUACAGGAAGAAGAAGCAGAGGCAUCCGGGCUGUCUGAUGACAGUGGCGGAGUUCAUCGCUGCCAGCAACACGGCUCUUUUUUCGUUGGUAUUCGCACACAAGCUAUAG